AUGGACGCGCAACUUCUCGCGAGGCAUGGCAAUGCCGUGGAUGGCAACCCAGAUGUCCACACGCCUCACAUUCUCUUCACUUCUUUCUCGAUGGUUUGCAUGGCCAUUCUCGCCUUACUGUUCGGAUCCCGGGUGAAACAUGUCUGCACCAAGAGACUCUCGAAGUUGAAUCCGAUGCGCUGCAUUGUCGCCGGCCUCUAUGCCUUUGGCAUGUGCUACGUCGCUACUAGCGCCAUCAUUCAGUGCGGCUUCGGUAUGAUGUCGCAUAAGCUCUGUUUCACGGCUGCCGUCACAUGCCUGGCAUUCUACCUUGGAAGCAAGACACUUUUGUACCUGUUCCUGGUUGAGCGUACCCAUGCUAUUCGAGCUUCCUACAAGCGUCGCUUCCAGGACAAGUACUGGAUUGUGUCCAUGGCAAUCGUCCUGCUCGGUUUCGGUGCUUUGGCGGCCUGUGGGCUCAUGUCUCCAAUGUCCGAGAUGUCCAAGCAAGACGGAAUCUGCUACAUCGGCGUCCCUCAGAAGAUCGCUGCACCAUUCCUCGCCUAUGACGUGGCCAUCAACGUCGGCUUCACCGGUCUGUUCAUUUGCCUGCUUUGGCCUCUUCUGAGAUUCCAUCAAAAGGGCCUUUCCUCUGCAGAACCAAUCUUCCCAAGGCCAUACGCACGGAACGAAAACGUGGAUAUUGAAAUGACAACCAGUCGCCAAACCUUUGUUGAUCCAAACAAACAGCGCGUGAUUGGCACACUGAAGAAACUGCUCUGGAAGACUAUUAUCGGCGCUAUCCUCGUGAUGCUCCCAACAGUGGGAAACUUGACAGUCUCUCUCAUUGUAGCCGGUCAUGGUCAAGGCUGGUACUGCUUCAUUCUCUGCAUUUGCGACGUGACCUGGGAGGCCUGCGUUAUCCACUGGCUUACGGUCGACCCGGAUAAUGCUGACAACCGCGGUGGAAAUUCCAACUCACAACGCAGUAGCGACACCACCGGACGCGUCGGUGUAAGGACUAGCACGCUUCGGCAAGACGACAGCAGCAGCAAGACCGCUGUCGAGACCACUGAGCGUCAAUCCUCCAUGCAGUGA